AUGGCAGCAUGCAUCUCACAGGUCACACAUUUCCACAAGUCACAGGCUUACAGCUGCAUAGCCUCGACGCCGGUGGAGGGUUUAAGGCACAACUUCACCAGCAUCGCGGGCUGUCAAACGGAACUCGCUAGAGACAACGCCGGCCACUCACACCCGAACAAGCGCACGUUGAGCCAGCAGCACGGCCAGCACAGCCAGCGGCGGCACCUCCUCUCUCUCUCUUCCCCCGUCUCUCCAUCCUCCCGUCCACCUCCACUACCACGACACCAGUGA